AUGCAUGUAGUGACAACCUGCCACUUGCGGUGCGACGCUGUCCUCGAGGCAAGCCCAGGAACCAAGUCGCUGGACACCGGCGACCAAGGCACGUUGGCAGUAGCAGGAGGUGGGGUCAGCCCUAGUAGUUUUGCUUUGAAAUUGGCGAUGGCGGACAACGAGCGCCCCGGCAACGAGCCCACCGUGAGCGCCUGGCAGCGCUGGGUCUGCCUGCCCUUCGGUGUGUUCAACGGUCCGGCCAUCUUCUCCGGCCAAGCCGCUGGGGUGGCGCCCCGCGGCGCCAGCACCUCCCCGCAUCCGGAGCGCAACGGCCAUGAGAGCGCCGAGCAGCCCAAGGCGCCCAGCUGCGGAAAUGAAGACUACGUGAUCGUGGGUGCGCUGCCCGCUGCUGCCGACACUCCCGAUGACGGGCGACCACCUGAUGGCCAGGUGCUUGCCCACGCAGCGGAUAUUUCGCCACCCGGCAACCCGUCAGAGAGAAGCGGCCCAGCGCCCUCGGCGGGCACCACCCCCACCGAUCAAGUUAAUGAUGCUGUGCUGGCUGUGCAGGUUCCGCAGGCUGAGCAGGCUGAAGCGCCCAGUGUGUGA